CAGCUACCUGAAACUGCUAAACCCACCGAAACAUCGAAACUAGGAAUGGGGUCGUCGUCGAAAGACGGAGAAGAAAAUGCCUCGCUUACUCCUGCGCCGUUUCCUCUGCUCCUCUUCCUCCACCACCCCCGCCGCUGGCGCAGGUUUCGUCCGCGAGCUCGCCACCCUCCUCGCCGCUGGCCGCUUCCACGCCUCAGUCGGCCUGGCGAAAUCACUCCUCCUCUCUUCCCAGCCACCAGCCACCUCCGUCCCCGACCUCUAUCACGCCCUUGUCUCCACCGCUGCCGCCUCACAAGUCGACCCGCAUCCCCCAUCCUUCCUCUCCGAUGCCUCCUCCGCGCUCGUCGUUGCCUCCGCACGGCUCGGCCUCCCCGACGGUGCACUCCGGCUGCUAUCCCUCCUCGCCGACGCCCGCGCAACUCUGCCGUCCCUAUCCUCCUGCAACCUCCUCCUUGAGUCGCUCCUCUCCCUCGGCCGCCACGCCGACGUACGCCGGGCGUUCGACCUUCUAAAUGCCGCUGGGGCACACCCCGACACCUUCACAUGGAACAAGGCCAUCCAGGCGUGCGUCGUGGCAGGUGAUGUGGACGAGGCUGUCCGGAUGCUUCGUCGGAUGGACUGUGAAGGCCACUGCACCCCGGCGCCCAACGCGUUCUCAUACAAUGUGGUCAUCGCUGGACUGUGGAGAGCAGGAAGGGGUAAUGACGCUGUCGAGGUGUUUGAUGAAAUGGCAGAGAGGGCUGUGCUGCCAAAUCAUAUCACAUACAAUGCAAUGAUUGAUGGACACCUCAAGAUAGGGGAACUGGAGGCUGGUUUUAGGCUGCGGGAUCAGAUGUUGCAUCAUGGCCUGAAGCCGAAUAUGAUCACUUACAAUGUUCUCCUGUCAGGGCUGUGCCGUGCUGGCAGGAUAGGGGAGACGACCGCUGUGUUGCGCGAAAUGAUGUCACGAAAGAUGGUGCCGGAUAGUUUCACAUAUAGCAUUCUGUUUGAUGGUCAUUCCAGAGUUGGAGACUCGCGGGCAAUGUUUUCCUUGUUUAAGGAGUCUGUGAAGAAGGGUGUUAAGAUCGGGGCUUACACUUGUAGUAUUUUGCUGAAUGGUCUUUGCAACGAUGGCAAAAUGUCAAAGGCAGAAGAGGUACUUCAGACGUUCGUAAAUGCAGGGCAACUCCCAACAAGGGUUAUCUACAACACUCUAAUCAAUGGGUAUUGUCAGAAUGGAGAUCUUGAACAGGCCUUCUCAACCCUCCAGAAGAUGAAAUUACGCCUUGUUAGUCCAGAUCACAUCACCUAUAAUGCUCUAAUAAACGGUUUGGGUAAAGCUGAAAGGAUCACAGAAGCAUAUGCUUUGGUCACAGAAAUGGAGAAGAAUGGAGUGAGUCCUAGUGUGGAAACUUUCAAUACGCUUAUUAAUGCUUAUGGAAGGGAUGGGCAGCUUGAAAAAUGUUUCAUUCUACUUUCUGAUAUGCGAGAGAAGGGGCUAAAGCCAAAUGUUGUCUCCUAUGGUUCAAUCGUCAAUGCCUUUUGCAAGAAUGGGAAAAUCCCAGAGGCAGUAGCAAUUUUGGAUGAUAUGUUCCACAAAGGUGUUUUACCAGGUGCAAAGGUGUACAAUGCGAUUAUAGAUGCAUAUAUAGAUUGUGAUGCCACUGAACAGGCUUUUACUCUAGUUGAGAAGAUGAAGACUAGUGGGGUACCUCCAAGUAUAGUUACAUGCAAUUUGCUGAUAAAAGGCCUUUGCAAGCAGUCUCGGAUAUCUGAAGCGGAGGAACUAAUUCACGGCUUAAGAAAUUAUGGAUUAACUCCUGAUGUUGUCGGCUAUAAUACUCUAAUAUCAGCAUGCUGCUACAGGAGUAACACUGAUAGAGCUUUGGAGCUUCAGAAAGAAAUGUGCAAGUGUGGCAUCAAACCCUCAUCGAGAACAUAUCGUAUUCUUCUGAGUGCAUUGGGUGGUGCAAGAAGAAUACAUGAGAUGGAAAAUCUGUAUAAAGAAAUGCUGGACAAGGAUGUUGUUCCUUGCAGUCGCAUUUAUGAUAUCAUGAAUGAGGCCUAUGUGAAAUAUGGGGACGAAUCUAAGGUAGAAGCUCUGAGGAAGGAUUUGUCAGAGAAAGGGAUAUCAAUUGAUUAUGACACAUCCGUGACUUACUGUGAGUUGAAUACAAAUAUAGUGAGUCCAAUUUCAAAAUGUUGAAUUUGUUGCUCAGUAACCCAAUUGUCAGAAGUAUUUCUUUUGCUUACCUAGUGAAUCUUCAGAAUGAAUAGCCAUUGAUUACUAUACAACACUAACUGUGAGCUGCUGUCACUAGUGUUCAUGAUAAACCAGUUGUGAACACGGUUGAUUCUCCUCACAUUGUGAGGCAUUGCUGAACAGAGGUACCAACGACCAUAUGGACAAACUGCUGUUGGUUAAAUCCUACGAAAAUGAUAUGCAUAACGUGGAAUCCAGCGGCCUGCUGCACUUUGCUUCAGGGUGUGAAUGGUUCGAUCUUCAGUGUCGUACAGAAAUCAUAUGUGUAAUGGUGUCUCUACUCGUAAAGUCUGACUUGAUAGCUUCUGUUUUAGGUUUUUUCUUUCUCCCCUUUCACCUUUUGAUUUUUUUGUUUGAUUUUUUCCGUUCUUCCUCCGUCUUCAUAUAUUUAGUAAUGUAUUUAUGUGAAAGAAUUAAUUAACAUCAUUUUUAAUGAAUCAUUAAAGACCAAACUAAAUUAA